UCCACAGGCAUCCGCAUAUGCUUCAAAGAAUACCACGAAUGUGACCCUAUGGAGACCCACCCCAAGAUAUUUAGAGCCGAGAAAAGAUAGAGAUUGUACAGGCCACCAGAGAGUCAGUGGAGUCCUCUCUAGAGACUUCCUUCUACCAAACAAGCUUUAAAAAACUCUCUUGCGUUCCCCAGGGGGAUGACAGAUGUGCCAAGGCACUGAUGUUUGAACAGGAAGCUUCAAAACUUUUAAAAGAACCUCCGGAAUUGCUUUGAACCCGACAAGCUAUCAGACAAGAAAUCACCCCAGAACACUGCCUCGAGCAUGCACCUCCCCUGUUGGGUUUUCCUGUCGAACAGUUUUUUGAAGAGCUUAUUCUGCAGAGAGCCAGAGAGCUGAUGCUCACAGAACCACAUUAGUGGAUCUGACAAUUCUGGUAGAAUUUUCUUGCUUUCUUAGAUCCUCUCCCAGAGUUUUCAGAGGCGUGGAGGUAUGCAUGGAACCGAGGGCCUGCAAGGAGGGAAGUAGCACUUUCGUACUGAGUGAUAACUAAGCAAGUGACACUUGUGACUGAAAACACCCAAACCUCCCACAUCCGGAUUCAUAGGAUCAGGGGACACAGGAACGGUCACUGCUGGGCAGAAAGAAGCCAUAACUGGAAAAGAAAGCACAAAUAAAGAGAAUGAAGGCGACUGGAAAGUAAAUGGCCACCUCUACCUCAACGGAGACGAAGUCAGCAUCCUGGUGGAACUAUUUUUUCCUCUAUGAUGGUUCAAAGGUAAAGGAAGAAGGAGAUCCCACAAGAGCUGGCAUUUGUUAUUUUUAUCCCUCUCAGACCCUGCUUGACCAACAGGAGUUGCUUUGUGGACAGAUUGCUGGAGUUGUCCACUGUAUUUCUGACAUCUCUGGCUCGCCUCCCGCUCUCAUUCGUCUGCGGAAACUUAAGUUCGCCAUACAGGUUGAUGGAGAUUACCUUUGGGUGCUGGGCUGUGCUGUGGAGCUCCCUGAUGUCAGCUGCCAGCAGUUUCUGGAUCAGCUUAUUGGAUUCUUUCAUUUUUACAACGGACCUGUUUCUGUGGCUUACAAGAACCAUUCUCAGGAAGAGCUGAGCGCCGAGUGGGACACCUUUAUUGAACAAAUUCUGAAAAACACCAGUGAUCUGCAUAAGAUAUUCACUUCCCUCUGGAACGUGGACCGAACUAAAGUGGAGCCCCUGCUCUUGCUGAAGGCGGCCCUCAUCCUCCAGACCUGCCAGCGCUCCCCUCACGUCCUCGCUGGCUGCAUCCUCUAUAAAGGACUGAUUGUCAGCACCCAGCUCCCACCCUCCCUCACGGCCAAGGUCCUGCUUCAUCGCGCCACACCUCGGGACCAGAGAAUACCUACAGGAGGGGAUGUCCUGCAGGAAUGUGGGGUAGCACUUCCCCCGAAUGUCCACAUCAUGCCUGUUUUCGUGACAGAAGAGGAAGCCAUCAGUCUCCAUGAGUUCCCAGGAGAGUGGAUGACUAGCUCUCCUGCAUCUCCAGCCAGACUCCAGGAGCGCUCGGCCCAGCACCUUCCAAAGGGUGCCCUGAAAGAAGACGCCACCGGGCCUGAGGAAUCCAUGGCCUGGAUGUGGGCAGCCAGCCCCGAGUCCAGGUUCCCGGAUGCAGCUCGGCCAAAUGGCAGCGGCGAGAAUGGAUACUUCUCGGGUUGUGAUCUGGGGAGCAUCCAGCCUGCAAAACUGCACAGCACUGCCAGGGACGCGCGCCCUGGGCUCGGCUGCUCCCUGGGGAAGGAACCUGGCUUGUGCUGGGGGGAAGUGGAAGUGGACUUAUCUGAAAUCCACAUUCCAGGAGCUCAGGAAACGGGGAGAUCCUCCAGUAAUUUCACCUUCCCGAGUGUGUGUGUCCCAGAUGGCGGUGCUCCUUGUCUCAAGGAGUCUGUCAGCGACUCUCGCAACGCGGAACCCCAGCCGCCAGAGGCCCUGCCUGUGGGCGCUGCCAUCAGAGGUGUCUCUCCCUCUGGUCUGGACAAGCUUACCCAGAACGGAGCCCUAGAGCAGCACGAAGACCUUCCUGGGGACAGCCGCGAGGCCCCCAGUAGGAGGAGCAGGCCGCUGUCAUUGCCUCGCCUAGAUUUGGGACAGAGAGGAGCUAAGCUUCCCAUUGAGGGACCAGGCGCGGAGCCCUGUGUGGACGGGGUUCAUGAGGACCGCCCUGCCUCUGGCCUGGAGUGCCAGUCAAACUCUGCCGACUCUCCAGGCGGCGACACCCCCUCUGCGGACAGCACUGGCUCCCGGCGGACCCCCGCAGCCCGGGGAGGACUCGUGCACAUGAACCUCUACACUCACAGUGUCAAAGGGCUGGUUCUGUCCCUCCUGGCCGAGGAGCCGCUGCUGGGAGACAGCGCAGCCAUCGAGGAGGUGUACCACAGUAGCCUGGCGUCCCUGAAUGGGCUGGAGGUCCACCUGAAGGAGACGCUGCCCAAGGAUGAGCCCGCCGCCGCCAGCAGAACAUACAACUUCAUGCAUUAUGACCGUAUCCAGAACGUGCUGACAGCAAACAUGCCUCAGGUGGCCACAUCCCAGGACCACCGCUUCCUGCAGGCCGUCAGCGUGAUGCAUGCUGACUUUGCCCAGCUGCCCUCGCUGUACGAGAUGACCGCCAGAAACGCCUCCACAGCUGUGUAUGCCUGUUGCAACCCUGUGCAGGAAACCUAUUUCCAGCAGUUGGCAUCGGCCACGCGGAGCUCCGGCUUCCCAAGUCCCCAGGACGGUGCCUUCAGCCUCCCAGGCAAAGCCAAGCAGAAGCUGCUGAAGCACGGGGUGAACUUACUUUGAACUAGGCCACAGUGGGAAGCUCAUCCCCCCAGGAGGUGACUGUCAAAUGGAGUACCAGCAAGGAAAGCUCUGCCUUUUUAAACAGAAAAAAGCCCCUCUCUUAUUUUCCUAGGAACAUUGCCUUUUCCAGAAACGUGAUGGUGUUUGAGUGCUGUUACCGCUUUUGCAGAUUAGGGUGUGAGGGGGUCAGGUCUUCAGGCCCACAGACCUGGAGCGUAUGAGAAAGACCCUUAUUACACAGGCAGUGUGGAGCCAGGACGGGGGAUUUGUCCCCCUCUGCCAAAGGGGUACAGGGCCAGUUAGUUUCCGGAGGCACCUGGCAUCUUGCUGCCGUCGCGUCCUAGCCUGAACUGUACCAGAGAUUCAGGUUGCCAUUCUGUCUGCAGCCUAGUUGUCGCUAGUCUCGUGUUUGUCCUUCCCUGUCUCCAGGGGCAGGUACGCGGAGAUGGGCUUGUUAGCAAGCAGAGCGGAACGGCCACUUCUCAGGUUGUCUUCAGAGCGGUCGUCUUGGGAGGGAUACUCAAUGCAGGGAACAGUCAGGGAGGCUGGAACCGCCUUGUGGGGAUUCUUCCGGAACUGGAUUCAAAACUAGGAGCCUGUUCUUUGCAAUACCACAGUGGGGGCAAAUAUUCAUAACGUGGGAGGGAGUUUGGGAUUUGGUGAUAACCAAAAGCCCUGGGGUGCCGAGAGCAGGGAAUUGGGCGAUGGCAGGCCAGGCUGUGCGCCUCUGGUUAGAACUGAGCUGUGCAUCUGGUUCCUCCUGAGUGUGAGUGUCCCUCAGUGGGAGUUUCCCAAGUGUUCUGGGGCAAAGGCAGAACCGUGCUUGUCAGCGGUGCUGUGUGUUUCUGGGCCGGUGUAAGUAUAUUAGUUCUAUUACUGUAUAGUCAGACGUGUUACGAUAACAUGGUGCAAUUCACAGGAUAAAAAUAUUUACCGAAAUCGAAACUGAACGUUGACCACAAGUACUAAGAUUCCAUUUGAAAACCGCUGUGUUAAUAAUUCCACAUCAGUGAACAAAUGUCUAAUGUUUAUGACGUGGUGUCUUUUUCUCAAAACAAGUUUCCAAGGGCUAAAAUAAAAUAGCCAAAAAUGCUA